CAGUGGACGAGCAGGCAAGCACACACCGCCGCAGAGGAGACGACACAUGCCCCUUCGCCGUCGUGGGAAAUGGAACGAAAUCCACGAAGGAAGAGCUGUAUGAGGCAGCUCGUCCCUUCGAGGAAAUCCCGGGCCCGGCCUCUCUCCCCGUGGUGGGGGGGCUGUACAACUACCUCCCCGUCAUUGGCCAGUACACCUUAAAGCGCCUCCACCACAGCAACUUCAAGAAAUACAGGCAGUUCGGGCCCAUCGUGCGAGAGCGCCUGACGGCCACCGUGACGCUGCUGUUGCUCUUCGACCCCCAGGACAUCGAGACAAUGUACGCCCAAGAGGGGAGGUUCCCGCAGCGCCGCUCUCACCUCGCCCUCGAGAAGUACCGCCUCGACCGCCCGGAGAUGUACAACUCGGGAGGACUUGUGCCGACCAAUGGGCACAAGUGGUGGGAGCUCCGAAGUCCUGCACAGAAAGUUCUCAGUCGAGUUCAGAGUGUGUUGAGUCGUCUCCCUCUUGCGGAUCAGGUGUCCAGAGAUUUUGUUGACCUCAUCUAUGCCAUACGAGACCCAGAUACUGGGUUCGUAUCUGACUUUGUGAAUCUCGAGAAACGUUUAUUUCUUGAAUUGACAAUGGCUGGUGUUCUUGAUGUCCGGAUUGGAUGCAUCAACAAGGAAUCGUUCCACACUACAAAUCAAGAAGCAGAACAACUCAUUCAUGCUGCUAGUUCCACCACCUCUGUUAUACUCAGGACGGAUAAUAGCUUCCAGCUUUGGCGUCUGUUUGAUACCCCUCUUUAUAAGCAACUUGUGAGGGGACAAAAUGUUUUAUAUAGAACGUCUUUAAAGUAUGUUGUGGAAAAAGAAGAGGAAAUACGAAGAAGAAAAGAGCUGAAUAAUGGCAAAGAGUUGCUCGAUGACGGGCCUGUCACGGUGCUUGAGCAUUUUCUGAUGAAGAGCGGUAUGGAUAAAAAAGACAUUGUGAGUGUUGUCUGUGACACUCUCCUUGCUGGUGCUGACACAGGUGCUUUUAGCUUAUCCUAUAUUCUCUACAAUCUAGCCCUCAACCCAGAAAAGCAAGAAAUCUUGGCUGAAGAAUCUAAGACAUUACUAGAAGAAUCAGGUGGAAUAGUAACAUCAAAGGUCUUAGCCAAAUCUAGGUACUUGAAGGCAAUUGUCAAAGAGUCAUUCCGUUUACAUCCUGUAUCGGUGGGAGUGGGACGAAUUACAACUGAAGAUACAGUCAUCAGAGGAUACAGAAUACCAAAGAAUACAGUUAUAGUGACGCAGAAUCAAAUCUCCUGCCGUCUUCCCGAGUAUUUUCCUGAUCCUGAAGCAUUCAUUCCUGAACGCUGGUUUGCGAAAGGGAAAAUUAAUCCCUUUUUGGUCCUCCCGUUUGGACACGGCCCUCGAGCAUGUAUUGGGAGACGUAUGGCAGAGCAAAAUAUGUAUACUGUGAUUAUUCGGUUGAUUUCCAAAUUUAAGAUCAGGUGGACUGGAGGUGACCUAGACUGCUACUCCAACCUCAUCAAUGAGCCAGAUUCACCGCUGGAUUUCACCUUCACUCCUAGAACUUGAAUGGAAGGUUCUUUCUCAUUUUCAGCUUGUUUAUAUACCUUUUUUUUAAGAUAAGUGUCUCAGCAAUUAUUCUGUAUUCUAAAAUGUUGCUGAUUUUAACUAUGGAAACAAGAACUGUGUAUGUUUCCAGUAUUAGCCUUUUUUUCCAAUUCAAAUUUAUACUAUGCAGAAGCCCGAGGCUUGAAACAAAUUAUAAUAAAGUGUGUAUACUCUUUAA